AUGGUUAUCCAACGUGGUUCCUCUUCUGGUCGUUUCAAACCAGCAGCAUCUGGCCAAUCUGCUAAGACCUCUGCAACCACUUGCCAAUGGUGUGGCAAAGAAUGGCACACUGCCAAGAAAUGUCAUAAACUUGGCAAACUAUUCGAGAAAGCUAAGGCUGAAGGAUCUAGCAACAAGAACGGUGAUGGGAGUCAGGCGCUAUGA